AUGGCGAACGAAGUACGCACGGUGGCCAUUGUAGGCUGUGGCGUCAUUGGCAUGGGAUGGGCUGUUCUAUUCAUGUCAUGUGGUCUGAAAGUCAUCAUUUCGGAUCCUGCUGACGGCGCCCAUGAGUCCCUCAAGCGCUAUCUUGAACAGGCGAGAUCAUUCUUCGAAGAGCGUGGAAAUUUUGAUAAGCUUUCUUCUAACUAUGAGUUUGUUGACGAUAUCCUGCCACUAUUGCCUGAAGUAGAUUUUGUUCAGGAGAAUGGCCCAGAGCGUGUUGAGUUUAAGCAAAGUUUAAUGGAGAAACUAGACGAGAAUACUAGACCUGGUGUUGCCAUUGCUUCGUCUUCUUCUGGCCUACCAUCGUCGGCCUUUAUCCAAAAGUGCAAGAAAGACCCCAGCCGUAUCCUCAUCGGCCAUCCCUUCAACCCACCACAUCUAAUUCCCCUGGUCGAAGUUGUUCCUCAUCCCGGAACCAGCUCUGAUGUUGUGUCCUCAGCUUUAGCGUUCUAUAAAUCUCUCGGCAAAAAGCCUAUCCUCUUGCACCAAGAGGUCCCAGGCUUUGUAUCAAACCGUCUACAAGCGGCCAUCAACAACGAAGCAUACAGCCUUAUUAGCAGGGGCAUUGUAUCAGCCAAAGACCUAGAUAUGGCUGUGACACAAGGGCCCGGUCUUCGAUGGGCUCUUACAGGUCCCAUCGCUACUAAUGCGCUUGGUGGUGGAGGAGGACCGGAUGGUUUUGCUCAGAGAUUUGAGAGACUUGGACCUGCCAUCAGAGGCUGGGAGGAAGACAUUCUGAGAAAUAGGUUUGAUUGGAGUGAGGAGAGUGUGAAAGCACUACAGCAAAGUGUGAAUCAGUCGGUGGCUGAUGUGGACUGGAAGAACUUGGUGGAUGAAAGAGAUUUGGUUUUGUUGGAGAUGCUAGCAGCCAAGAGCAAGACGAAUACCAUGGGCAACAACGCAUAG